GUAAAACAAGCAUUUUUUUUCCUGUUAAAUAUAUGGCGCUGUUGCCUGUUCGUCUUUUGUUAUGAACAUGAACCUUCAGAAAAAUGGCCGAAGAGAAUUUUGAUCCUGUUCGGGGUGGUCGAAAGUGGUUGUUAGGUAUUGGCGUCCUUCUUAAACAGUUUUCCGUUGGACAAAGCGUGGUGUGCUACUGCGAUGGCCACUGCCCAAACGACGAGGAGAAUGGCACCUGCGUCGGGCAGCCGGGUAGCCAGUGCUUCAGUGCCGUCAAGGAGGUGGUCAACGAAGAGACCGGCAUGCGAGAGAUCCAGCAGACGUACGGCUGCCUGCCGCCCCACGAGUCUGGCUUCAUGCAGUGCAAGGGCCAGAAAGUGCCGCACCAAACGGGCCGCGCCAUACUGUGCUGCGACGACGCAGACCUGUGCAACAAGUACCUCAUCCCGAAGAUCGUGUACCGCAGCACCACCCCUCGGCCUGACGCGGGCUAUGACGAGACUAUCCCGUACAUUGCACUCAUCAUCUCCAUCACCGUCUGUCUCAUGGCGCUCUUCGGGGUGCUCACCUUCUUCUACCUCAAGUUCAAGAAACGGGAGGACUCGAGGAAAAUGUGCCUCGUUCCCGGUGGUCGGGGUUAUGAAACGUACCUGACAAGUAGCGGGACGCUACAAGACCUGAUAGACCAGAGCUCUGGCUCGGGUUCAGGGCUACCCCUUCUGGUGCAGCGAACCAUCGCCAAGCAGAUCCAGAUGGAGCGGCCCGUGGGGAAGGGCCGGUACGGGGAGGUGUGGCUGGCCCGGUGGCGGGGCGAGAGGGUGGCCGUCAAGGUGUUCUUCACCACGGAGGAGGCGAGCUGGUUCCGCGAGACCGAGAUAUACCAGACGGUGCUCAUGAGACACGAGAACAUCUUGGGCUUCAUCGCGGCGGACAUCAAGGGCACGGGCUCGUGGACCCAGAUGCUGCUCAUCACGGAGUACCACGAGAGGGGCUCGCUCCACGAGCACCUCAGGACCCACGUGCUGGAACCGUCGUCGCUGCUCUCGCUCGCCUCCACCGCGGCAAGCGGCCUGGCCCACCUGCACAUGGAGAUCUUCGGCACACGCGGCAAGCCGGCCAUCGCCCACCGCGACAUCAAGAGCAAGAACAUCCUGGUGAAGCGCAACGGCCAGUGCGCCAUCGCCGACUUCGGCCUGGCCGUUAGGUUCGUCAGUGAAGAUAACAAGAUAGACAUAGCACCAAACACUAGAGUCGGCACCCGACGCUACAUGGCACCAGAGGUGUUGGACGAGUCUCUGAACACAGUCAUGUUCGACUCAUUCAAAAUGGCCGACAUGUACUCCCUGGGGCUGGUAUUCUGGGAGAUGUGCCGGCGCUGUUGGACGGGAGACAAACUGACGGAAGCCGACGAAUAUCAGCUGCCGUUCUUUGACUGCGUGCCCAGCGACCCGUCGUUCGAGGACAUGCACGAAGUUGUUUGCAUCAAGAAAAUUCGACCGCAGCUGUCCAGCCGGUGGGACUCGGAAGAGGUGUUACGAACUCUAUCAAAAAUAAUGCAGGAAUGCUGGCAUCCUAAUCCUGCAGUGCGGUUGACAGCAUUGCGAGUGAAAAAAACAUUGCACAAGCUAGAAGUAGACAAUUCUAUAAAAAUAGUGUAGCAUAUAGUGUAUUACAAAAUCAUAAUUUUAACAUACAUACCUCGAUGCUCAACGACAAAUACAGUACCGUUAUCCUGGGGUUUUUUGACUCCACGAGAUGAUCGUUUUAUGUUGUGACUCAAGAGUGAAUUUUGAGAAGUGAUAAUCGUUUUGAGAGGCUUGGUGCUGUGUACAUACUAGCUAUGUAAGUUUUUCCACCUACCGAGCCUGUUAACAAUUAUCUUGUUAUAUAUGUACAUUUACCACAUUUAGAAAAAUUUUAACAUUGUGUAAUAUAGGACUGAAGUUAGAAAAUUGAGUUGUACAAAAAAAUUUUUUUUUAAACACGAUGUACAGUACCAUAGUUGAUUUUAUGUUGUACAUAACUGUUUUAUUAUUAUUAUUUGGCUUUGUAAAACAUGUGGAGGGCCAUUUGUGGUUAUGUAUGCAUAUUUAAUUACGACUCGCAGUCCUGUUCCAAGAAACAGUUCAGUUCUUAGAGCUUUAUUUAAAGAUUCUUAUUGUUUCACUAGCUUUUAUGCUGAGUGUCAGUGUUCCAGUUUUUGAUUGUAAUGUUAGGAAGUUGAAUAUUUUGUACUUUACCAUGAUUAUUGUGAUUAUAAAUUUAUAACUAGAGUUGAGCAGGAUCCUGAUUUUUUUUAGGGAAAAACUGGCACUUUUUUUUAAACAUAUGUUGGGAAAAUACAUUAUCCUGGUUCUAGAUUAUUUUUUUUUUAGUAUUCGUGUCCGUGUGUGAAUAUUGUUAAACUAUUUUCAAGGAAAGCACUGCGUAAUUUUUUACCUAAGUCCGUACAUGCACGUGAUUGAAAAUAUGCCAUUUUCUAACAUUUAAACUCAAAUAUCUCUCUCUCUCUCUCUCUACACACACACACACACACACACACACACACACACAUACAUAUAUAUAAACUCAAAAGUAAAAUAAAUAAAUGUUAACAUAAAUAAAAGCGUCAGAUUUGAGUGGAAAUUCACUGUAACUGUAUUUCUUAUCUUGCCGAAUGGGUGUGUGUCUGUCGUAAGAGUGUAAAUUUGACCUAAUUCAUCACUGUUUCACAAAUUAGCUUUUUGUUUUAAUACUGUGGUUAUCAUUACAUUAAUUUAUCCUUGGUUUUCCGUACAUAUUUUUUCGGUUUGUGAAAAUAACCUGCCACUUAUCAAUUUAUAAUCGCUAUAUAUGGGCAUAUCCAAUAAAGAUGACACUUCCUAAUCCUGCCCAACUCAAGUUAUAAACUUAGAAUAAUAAAAAAAAGAAAACUUUACAAUCAGAGGUUAUAAUUAUUGUAUUUGUUGCAACUUAAAUGUAUUAAUUUUUUAUUACCAAUUAUUGCUAUAGCAAGUUUUUUUUUUU